CUCAUGUGGUCAGCUCCAGCUUCUGCACCACAUCCUCUUCUCUUACCCAUCACUCGCCAUGAAGAUCGUCUCGCGCCAUCUAGAGCGCGACGGCUCCGGCGUCGUGUCGCUGAUCCCGGAGGAAGACGAGGACAUGUACCACCUGCUCAACCUGCUCGAGCCAGGAGACCUCGUGCGCGCGCCAGCAGUGCGCCGUGUCGUCUCCGAGUCGAGCACCGGCUCGACGGACUCGAAGCGCGUGCGCCUCACGCUCACGCUGCGCGUCGAGAAGCUCGCCUUUGACGCCUCGGCCUCGUCGUCGGCGGCCAUCGACCCCUCGGCGCCGCCAUCGACGGCGCCGCAAGACACGAGCGCUGCGCUCGGCGGCUCGUCAGGGCAGGGUGCGACGCUGAGCAUCUCGGGCCCCGUCGUCACCGAGAACCAACACGUGAAGCUCGGCGCCUUCCACACACUCGAUGUGGAGUGCGGGCGGCAGAUUGCCAUCACGAAGGAGGCAUGGGACAGUGUGCACUUGGAGAGACUGGGCGAAGCGGGGAAUGCGGACAAUCGGGCAGAGGUGGCGGCGAUUGUGCUCGGCGAAGGCACGGCGGUGGUGUGCCUCUUGACCUCUGCAAUGACGCUCGUGCGGCAGCGCAUCGACGUCUCGCUGCCGCGCAAGCACAAGUCGCUCUCUGCCUCGACGCACGAGAAGCAGCUGGCCAAGUUCCACGCGCAAGUCUACAGCGCCGUGCUGAAGCUGCUGGCACUGCCGGCGCUGCGCAUGAUUAUCCUUGCCUCUCCCGGCUUCACGAAGGAUGCGGUGUACAACUACCUCUUCGAGGAGGCAACACGGCAAGGCGAGAAGCUGCUGAUGGGCAACGAAGUCAAGCGGCGCUUCCUCAAGGUGGCGUGCAACAGUCCGCACGUGCACUCGCUCAUGGAGGUGCUGCGCAGUCCCGAGGUGCAUGCGCAGCUGAAGGACACCAAGUUUGCGCGCGAGGGCCAGCUGCUCGACAAGUUUCAAAGGACGCUGGCGACAGACGAGCUGCGCGCCUGGUACGGCGAGGCACACGUGUUUCUGGCGGCGGCACGCGGCGCAAUCGGCUCGCUGCUCAUCUCCGAUGGUCUCUUCCGCGCCGCCGACCCGGCACGGCGAAAGCGCUUUGUCAAGCUCGUCGAGGAGGUGCGGCAGGCGGGCGGCGAGGCAGCCAUCUUCAGCGGCCUGCACGAGAGCGGCAAGACGCUCAAUGGCCUCACGGGCAUUGCUGCAAUCCUGCGCUUCCCACUCGACGUCGAGGUGGCCGAAGAGGAGGAACGCCUCGAGCAGGAGCAGGAGAGGAAGAAGAAGGAGAACCAGCUGCUCGACGAGGGAGCACCGCUCGUGGCCAACCCGAACCGGUAGGCAGGCAGUGGCCCGGAUACCCU